CUUAAAAGAGGCAAUAACAAAUACUAAGACUUUAGUAUUUCUUCCCUCUCUCUCCCUCUUCUUGUUGUGUCUUUGCUUCAACUCUUUUCCCAUUUCUUAUUUCUCCUCUUAUAUGAAACUCGCUUCUACACCAAACCCAGUAAAACGAUAUUUCUCCUCUGUGUCUGUGUACACCUUGUUGCUUGUUCAAAUCCUCACCAAUCCAAAUGAAUGAAAUUACCAACACCACCACCAAGAAACGGCACAGAAAGGAUAAGCAAGAAAGCGAUAACGAUGAUGAAGAUGGUGAUAACAACUCAUUUGAAGAAGACAGCAAUAACAGCAAGAAGAGGAAACACUUUAAGGGUAUAAUUACAUCACUGGUGUUGUUAGAAGAGCAAGAAAAGAGCGAUCAGGAAGAACAAAACAAAGCCUCAUAUGAAGAGAAGCAAUUAUUGGAAGAAAACCACAAGAAACAGGCUAGAAAAAUGACUGAAUACUAUUCCAAUUUUCAAGAUUACUACUCAGAAAUUGAAGAAACUGACCGAGUCAAACGCAAGAAAUCACGAGCUAUAGCUGGUGCUGUUGCAAUUUCUGCUGCCUCUAAUGGGGUUGCUAAAAAUAAAGCAAUUGGGGAUGCAAAGCAAGCGACUGGUGGUCAACACAGACGGUUAUGGGUCAAAGAUAGAGAUAAACAAUGGUGGGAUGAAUGCAAUAGGCCAGAUUAUCCAGAUGAAGAGUUCAAGCAAGCAUUUAGGAUGAGCAAAGCUACUUUUGAAAUGAUAUGCGAAGAGCUACGUUCAGUUAUAGCUAAAGAAGACACUACUUUGAGGAAUGCAAUUCCUGUCAAGCAAAGAGUUGCUGUUUGUAUUUGGAGAUUAGCAACUGGUGAACCUUUAAGACUUGUGUCAAAAAGGUUUGGUUUAGGUAUUUCUACUUGCCAUAAAUUAGUUCUUGAAGUUUGUUCUGCUAUAAGAAAUGUUUUAAUGCCUAAAUAUUUACAAUGGCCCGAUGAGGAUAAUUUGAAGAAGAUAAAAAAUGAGUUUGAGUCAAUUUCAGGUAUACCUAAUGUUGUUGGGUCUAUGUAUACUACUCAUAUUCCUAUUAUAGCACCAAAGAUUAGUGUUGCAGCUUAUUUUAAUAAAAGGCAUACUGAGAGGAACCAGAAAACAUCAUAUUCGAUUACAGUUCAAGGUGUUGUUGAUCCAAGAGGAGUGUUUACUGAUGUUUGUAUUGGUUGGCCUGGUUCAAUGCCUGAUGAUCAGGUCUUGGAGAAGUCUCUUUUGUAUCAAAGGGCUAAUGGAGGUCUUUUAAAGGAUGUUUGGGUUGUUGGGAAUUCAGGAUACCCUCUAAUGGAUUGGGUUUUGGUGCCUUAUACACAGCCGCAUUUGACAUGGACUCAGCACGCUUUUAAUGAGAAAAUUGGAGAAAUUCAGAAGGUCGCAAAGGAUGCAUUUUCAAGAUUGAAAGGAAGGUGGAGUUGUUUGCAGAAAAGAACAGAGGUGAAAUUACAGGACUUGCCUAUUGUUCUUGGUGCUUGUUGUGUUUUGCAUAAUAUUUGUGAAAUGUGUAAAGAGGAAGUAGAUCCGAAGCUGGCGAUUGAUCUUGUUGAUGAUGAAAUGGUGCCUGAAGUUGCUUUAAGAUCAGUAAGCUCGAUGAAAGCUAGAGAUGUUAUUGCUCAUAAUCUUCUACACCAUUGUCAUGCAGGCACUGGAUUCCUAUAAUUGAAUGAGUUGCAUUUUUCCCCUGAUAUUUGAAUUCUUUUGGAUAUGUUCUUUCUUUCUUCUAUAUACAUGUAGUUGUAUUAUAGAACAAAACAAUUGUCAUUCUUCGUGUAAUUUGGUCGAAAGGGGCUAUGAAAACGGUAUCUGCAGCUUCAGCUGCAGCUCCUCACACCCCAACAAUCAGCUGAUAGUAGCAUUUGUAGGUUUAAGUUAUACAUGUAGAUCAUACAGAAUCAUGGCACCAUACCCAAAUUCAAAAUAAAAAGAUGGAUGAAGUUGACAUUAGUUGUAAUAUUCUUUUAACAUGACCCUUCUGUUAGUCUUGUUUUCAAAUAUUAAGAAAGCAUGCCUCAUGGUUUUUGUUUUUU